GUUUAUUUUUAUUUUAUUUUCUGUAUUAAGUAAAAAAAAAAAAAAAGAGCAGAAGUCCCCGAACAUGCACGAGGAAGCUCUGAAUCACCGGAGAUGAAAGCGUAGAGUAUAAAGACUCUCGCAUUAGAAGGCCACCAAUUGCGGAAGGAUCUCGAAGCCCUAAGCUGUUCAUCGUUUCAUUCAUUGAUUGCUUGUUAAUCAAGCAGGGAAUCUCCGAGAUCUGUGUCUCUCCCCUCUGGGAUGUGCUUCUUCUUCUUCGUGGAGAACGAUUAAAGGGACACAAGUAUAAUAUAUGAAGAGCUAUCUGAGAAGUUUCGUACAUUGAUGAAUCAAUUUCGUCGUCGGCGGAGGAUAUUGAUCCUCUCGCUGCUAUUGUUAUCCGUUUUCGCUCCGAUUGUUUUCGUUUCGAAUCGGCUCAAGAGCAUCACUUCCGUUGAUAGAGGAGAAUUUAUUGAAGAGGUAUCCGACAUUAGAUAUAAGCCGAAUGAUCUUAGACUUACGGCUAUUGAACAGGAAGAAGAAGGCUUCAAGGAGUCUAAAAGAAUUCUACAUGAUCAGGAGUUAAAUCCUGUUGUUUGGUCUACUUCUUCUGAUAAACCUCCUGAUGCUUUGCAGUAUAUUGAGGGAGACAAAACAACUGCUCUUUCAGAAACUGGAAACAAUCUCCAAACCAAUGAGGAACGAGCAGUAGUUUCACAGCAAACCACAGUAAGCUCUAAUGCAGGGGAGGAACUUUCAGCAAAAGAUAUUCAACUUAAUCAUAAAACUGAAUUUCGACCCCCUUUAGCUAAGAGUGAAAAGAAUACAAGGGUUCAGCUUGAAAGAGCAACAAAUGAGAAGGUAAAGGAGAUCCGCGACAAAAUAAUCCAAGCAAAAGCCUAUCUUAAUUUGGCCCUACCUGGGAAUAAUUCCCAGAUAGUGAAGGAGUUGAGAGUUCGAACAAAAGAGCUGGAACGGGCUGUCGGUGAUGCCACCAAAGAUAAGCAUUUGUCAAAGAGCUCUCCUCAAAGAUUGAAGGCCAUGGAACUUGCUUUAUUCAAGGUCAGUCGUGUCUUUCACAACUGCCCUGCCAUUGCUACCAAACUCCAUGCCAUGACUUAUAAAUCCGAAGAGCAAGCUCGGGCGCAGAAGAAGCAAGCAGCACAUUUAAUGCAGCUUGCAGCAAGGACUACCCCAAAAGGGCUUCACUGCCUCUCAAUGCGGUUGACAACAGAAUACUUUACCCUGGAUCAUGAAAAAAAGGAGCUUUUGCAACAAAGUUAUAACAAUCCUGAUCUCUACCAUUAUGUUGUCUUUUCUGACAAUGUUUUGGCCUGUGCGGUUGUUGUUAACUCUACAAUUUCCUCGGCGAAGGACCCGGGAAAAAUAGUAUUCCAUGUGGUGACGGAUUCACUCAAUUACCCAUCAAUCUCAAUGUGGUUUAUAUUAAACCCAGACAGCAGAGCUACAGUCCAAAUCCUAAACGUUGAUGACAUGAAUGUCCUGCCUUUGGACCAUGCUCAGUUGCUGAUGAAGCAAAAUUCAAGUGACCCACGACUCAUUUCAUCUCUCAACCAUGCACGGUUCUAUCUCCCAGAUAUUUUCCCAGGUCUGAACAAGAUCGUAUUAUUCGACCAUGAUGUAGUUGUUCAGAGAGACCUUAGCAGACUGUGGAGCCUUGAUAUGAAGGGGAAAGUUGUAGGAGCUGUAGAGACUUGUCUCGAAAAUGAACCUUCAUUUCAUUCGAUGGACACAUUCAUAAAUUUCUCAGAUGCAUGGGUUGCUCAGAGACUUGAUCCCAAGGCUUGCACUUGGGCAUUCGGGAUGAAUCUAUUCGACCUUGCAGAAUGGAGAAGACAAGACUUGACAUCUGUAUACCUGAAAUACUUCGACCUGGGAGUAAAAAGAAAUCUGUGGAAAGCAGGGAGCUUGCCAAUAGGUUGGUUGACUUUCUUGGGGCAAAUGUUACCAUUGGAGAAGAGAUGGAAUGUGGUUGGGUUAGGUCACGAAUCAGGAGUCAAAGCAAGCGACAUCGAACAAGCAGCGGUUAUACACUACGACGGGAUCAUGAAACCGUGGCUUGAUAUCGGGAUAGACAAAUACAAACGGUACUGGAACAUACAUGUAGCUUACCAUCACCCAUACUUACAACGGUGCAACAUUCACGAUUGAUUCUUUUUUUCACAAAACAAAAUUCCACAAAGCUUUAGGUUCAAUUCGAUUCUUUUCUUCUUUGUCAUUGUUAUAAUUAGCUUCAUUCUUUUUUACGAUAUCUCUUGUGUAAAUCUUUUGUUAUUUUUUGAAUACACCACACCAAUUUUUCUCAAGAGCUUUCAGUUAAAAGAAACAGAGAG